CCACCCGUUUCCUCGUGCUCUAGAUUGCCUCAAGCUGCCGUUUAAAUUCCAACCGUGGGAAGCCCGAAGCGGUACCUGUGGCGACUUACUUUCUCCCUUAGGCUUUCCCCCCACCUUCGGAGGCUAGAGGGCGGCUUCGGCUUUUCCCGGAUCCCGUCGGGAUCCCGCCCAGCCCGCCACUCACUACAUCCCUGGGGACCAUGGCUUCCUCAGAUGUGGCGCGGCAUAUGGUCUAUCAGUCUCUUGUGGGAAUCAAAGCAACUUGUGUCUCCUCCCAACCAUGCAAGGAAGAAAAAAUAUCAGACGAUAGCCCUCGUUGUUUAACUAUGACUGGCUAUGUGGGUUUUGAAAGUUUGCCUGAUCAGUUGGUCAGCAAGACCCUUCAGCAAGGGUUCUGUUUUAACAUUCUCUGUGUGGGGGAAACUGGAAUCGGAAAGUCAACCCUGAUAGACACAUUGUUUAACACUAAUUUUGAUAACUCUGUAUCCUCACACUUUCACCCAAAUGUAAGACUUAAAGCCCAGACAUAUGAACUACAGGAAAGCAAUGUCCGAUUGAAACUGACCAUCGUAAAUACAGUGGGAUUUGGAGACCAGAUAAAUAAAGAAGAUAGCUAUCGACCAAUAGUGGAUUACAUAGAUGCUCAAUUUGAGGCUUAUCUCCAAGAAGAAUUGAAGAUUAAACGUUCACUCUUUAACUACCGAGAUUCUCGAAUUCAUGUCUGCCUUUAUUUUAUUUCACCUACAGGCCAUUCCCUUAAGCGCCUUGACUUGUUAACCCUGAAGAAACUGGACAGGAGGGUAAAUAUCAUCCCUGUGAUUGCCAAAGCAGACACAAUUACUAAAUGUGAAUUGCAGAGGUUUAAACUUAGACUCAUGAGUGAAUUGGUCACCAAUGGAAUCCAAAUAUACCAAUUCCCAACAGAUGAUGAAACUGUUGCUCAUCUUAAUGCUUCAAUGAAUGGACACUUGCCAUUUGCUGUGGUGGGUAGUACAGAGGAGAUCAAACUGGGAAAUAAGAUGGUGAAAGCUCGUCAGUACCCAUGGGGCAUUGUGCAAGUGGAAAAUGAAAAUCACUGUGACUUUGUAAAGCUCCGCGAAAUGCUCAUUUGCACAAAUAUGGAAGACCUGAGAGAACAAACCCAUGUUCUACACUAUGAAAAUUAUAGACGUUGCAAACUGGAGGAAACAGGUUUUAAAGAUGUAAACCUAGAGAAAAAACCUGUAAGUGUGCAGGAGGCAUAUGAAAUCAAAAGGUACGAAUCCUUUGGCGAACUUCAAAGAAAAGAAGAAGAGAUGAAACAGUUGUUUGUAAAGCGAGUGAAAGAGAAAGAAGCUAUUUUGAAAGAAGCUGAACGAGAGCUUCAGGCAAAAUUUGAACACCUUAAAAGACUUAAUCAAGAAGAAAGAAUGAAACUUGAAGAAAAGAGAAGAGCUUUAGAAGAGGAAAUAAAUGCUCUUGGUAAAAGGAAAGCUGCAUGUGAACUAAAAGCCAGCUUUUAAAUAAAUGCAUUUGGUACCGAUUUUAAAAAAUUAGCUCUUAAGACCUCCAACUCUAUGUAAUGCAGAAAUCCCAGAUUUAUGUAGGACAUUUGGUUACACAAGGAAAAAAUAUUAAAUGUUUAGAAGUAUAUUUUUGAUUUU